CAUUCACAAGCUUCAAGUGCUUUGGUUCUGUUCUCGUGCUGGUAAUUCUUUGACUAUGGCUAACUACGCUCUGACAGUGGCUCUAAUGGUAAUGGCCACCUGCAUUAACUUCUCGACUGUCUCGGCCACUCCCGACGAGGAGCGCUACGUGGAGAAGGAAUACAACCGAGACCUCUACGAUUGGUUCAACAAUGCUGCUCGAUAUGCGCCCAUAGCACCUGGCAGUCCUUGCAAAUAUCCAUAUUUCCUGGGCAACAUGCUGCCCAACGCCAACAACAUGCGGAUGCCAAAGCGCAACUCGGAGUUGAUCAACUCGCUCCUCAGUUUGCCCAAAAACAUGAACGAUGCCGGAAAGUAAAAGUGAAGUUGGCCAGCAAAGCUGUGUGCGCUCCAGAGUUCGGCAAUAAGGAAACUGACUUGAACUAACAACAAAUAAGAAUGUUAUGAAUUAGAAAAGCAAAGAUCCGAUACAUAUAUCGUUAUAGAAAUUAUACAAAAAAAA